AUGCCAGCUAACCAGCUUUGUCCGUUCGUCCUUCUCUCCCUCUCUGUUUGUCCAUUUGUCUGUAUGCCUCUCCUCUCUGCUGGACUCAUUUUUAUCCACUUGCUGAUAAACAGUUACUCUGCCAUCCAUGAGAAACGACGUGGUGUGGCUAUAAAAUCUACUACACAAGUACUAACCAGAUUGUUUUACUACUGCUUUGUUACAUCUCUUUCUUUGUUUUUGUUUUUCUGUUUUUUUCUCUUUGUUUUUUCACUUUUUUUAGUUGUUCUCUUUCUGUUUUUUUUUUCUCUUUCUCCUGUUCUUCUCUUUCUCCUGUUCUUCUCUUUCUCCUGUUCUUCUCUUUCUCCUGUUCUUCUCUUUCUCCUGUUCUUCUCUUUCUCCUGUUCUUCUCUUUCUCCUGUUCUUCUCUUUCUCCUGUUCUUCUCUUUCUCCUGUUCUUCUCUUUCUCCUGUUCUUCUCUUUCUCCUGUUCUUCUCUUUCUCCUGUUCUUCUGUUCUUCUUUUCUCCUGUUCUUCUUUUUCUCCUGUUUUUUUUUUUUCUUUUUUUUUUUUUCUUUUCUCCUGUUUUUUUUUUUUUUUUUUUUCUUUUUUUUUUUUUUUUUUUUCUGUUUUUUUUUUUUUUUUUCUGUUUUUUCUCUUUCUCCUGUUUUUUCUCUUUCGUUUUCUUUCUACAUUUUUUCUUUAUUUUUGUUUUCCAUCUAUUCUUUUUUUUUUUUUUUUACUAUGA